AUGUCAAACUGGGGCGGUGCCCCCACCAACAGCAAAAUGUGCGCUUGCGGUGUACAGGGAACUUGUGAUAACCCGAAACACUCCUGCAACUGUUUAAUCAAUGACAAGGUUUGGAGAAGUGACGAGGGCUACUUAGAAGACAAAAGCUAUUUACCAGUAACACGUGUGUACGUGAGGGACACAGACAAUGACUACCCCGAAGAGGCUUACUUAACUGUCAAAGGCCUGGAAUGCUACGGGGAGAUAAACAAAGGACUCUCCAGAGAAAGGUGCCGGUGCAGCCUCCACGCCGAGGAGAAUUCCACCACGCCGGGUCCUCUACUCCUGCAGCUACCAGAUAUUGUCUAUGGUCAGGGUCACGACGACGUGUGGCUAGAAGACGGCACCAAAACGACAAAGAUCACAGAUGUCUACCCCCAGUUCUUCAACACCAAGAAGCGCCGACAAAUCCCCCCAGUCACCCAAGUAACCCCUGGCCUGUCCCCCCAGUGUGUUAAUGCGUUACAGCGUUGCCCAGUGGAUUGUGAACGUUUAGCAAAGUUAAGAUUUGCGAACACAAAGCUGACUGAUGCCAUUUUAAUUAAUACCACGUGGAUGCCUUAUGGACAAAUCAUGUGUAAGAAUGCGGCUGUGAAGUUAGCCCCUCCUGGACGAAGAAUCGUGGCGUUCUACAAGGUGGCUCCACCUUGCGGCUUUGCACAGAGCUCCACGUACGCGUUCCCCGACACAACUGUCCUCUGCUGCGAAGUAUUUACCAUUGCUGGUCAGGUUCUGAAAAUCUUUGAUGAUCAGUGCGCUGGAAUUAAUAUUGGAAGUUUGGGCCCACUCUUUGGGUAA